AUGAGCGCCCCUCCGCUUCUGCGGCCGCCCAGCCCGCUGCUGCCCGCCGCGGCCGCUGUGGCCGCCGCUGCCGCCGCUCUGGUCCCCGGCUCCGGGCCCGCGCCCUUCCCGGCGCCCGGGGCGGCCCCGGCGGGGGGCAUCUCGUUCCUUCUGCAGAUCGGCCUGAGCCGCGAGCCCGUGCUGCUCCUGCAGGACUCCUCUGGAGACUACAGCCUGGCGCACGUCCGCGAGAUGGCUUGUUCCAUCGUGGACCAGAAGUUCCCUGAAUGUGGUUUCUAUGGACUAUAUGAUAAGAUCCUGCUUUUCCGGCAUGAUCCUACCUCUGAAAACAUCCUCCAGCUGGUGAAAAUGGCAAGUGAUAUCCAGGAAGGAGAUCUCAUCGAAGUGGUCCUGUCAGCUUCGGCCACCUUUGAAGACUUCCAGAUCCGGCCCCACGCUCUCUUCGUUCAUUCCUACAGAGCCCCUGCUUUCUGCGAUCAUUGUGGAGAAAUGCUGUGGGGGCUGGUGCGCCAAGGCCUUAAAUGUGAAGGAUGUGGUCUGAAUUACCAUAAGAGAUGUGCAUUUAAAAUCCCUAACAAUUGCAGCGGGGUGAGAAGGAGAAGGCUCUCGAAUGUUUCCCUCACUGGGCUCAGUACUGUCCGCACGUCGUCUGCUGAGUUCUCCACCAGUGCCCCUGAGGAGCCUCUACUGCAAAAGUCACCGUCAGAGUCAUUCAUUGGACGCGAGAAGAGGUCAAAUUCGCAGUCGUACAUUGGCCGGCCAAUUCAGCUUGACAAGAUUUUGAUGUCUAAGGUGAAGGUGCCACACACCUUUGUCAUCCACUCCUACACGCGGCCCACCGUGUGCCAGUUCUGCAAAAGGCUCCUCAAGGGCCUCUUCCGGCAGGGCUUGCAGUGCAAAGAUUGCAGAUUCAACUGUCACAAACGCUGUGCACCGAAAGUCCCAAACAACUGCUUGGGUGAAGUGACCAUCAAUGGAGAUUUGCUUAGCCCUGGGGCAGAAUCUGAUGUUGUCAUGGAAGAAGGAAGUGAUGACAAUGACAGUGAGCGCAACAGCGGACUCAUGGAGGACAUGGAGGAGGCCAUGGUCCAGGAUGCCGAGAUGGCUCUGGCGGAGGGCCAGAGUGAUGGUACGGAGAUGCAGGAUCCGGAUGCAGACCAGGAGGACUCCAACAGGACCAUCAGCCCUUCCACAAGCAACAACAUCCCCCUCAUGCGGGUGGUGCAGUCUGUCAAGCACACCAAGCGGAGAAGCAGCACAGUCAUGAAGGAAGGAUGGAUGGUCCAUUACACCAGCAAGGACACACUGCGGAAGAGGCAUUACUGGAGAUUGGACAGCAAAUGCAUUACACUUUUUCAAAAUGACACGGGAAGCCGGUACUACAAGGAAAUUCCUUUAUCAGAAAUUUUAUGCCUGGAACCCGCGAAACCUUCAGCGUUAAUUCCCACUGGAGCUAAUCCCCACUGUUUUGAAAUCACUACAGCGAACGUGGUCUAUUAUGUGGGAGAAAAUGUGGUCAACCCUUCAAGCCCCCCACCAAACAACAGCGUUUUCACCAGCGGCAUUGGUGCAGACGUGGCCAGGAUGUGGGAGGUGGCCAUUCAGCAUGCCCUCAUGCCUGUCAUCCCCAAGGGCUCCUCUGUUGGUUCAGGAACCAAUAUACAUAAAGACGUUUCUGUGAGCAUUUCAGUUUCCAAUUGCCAGAUCCAGGAAAACGUGGACAUCAGCACCGUCUACCAGAUUUUUCCUGAUGAAGUUCUGGGCUCUGGACAGUUUGGAAUUGUUUAUGGAGGUAAACAUCGUAAAACAGGAAGAGAUGUAGCUAUUAAAAUUAUUGACAAAUUAAGAUUUCCAACAAAACAGGAAAGUCAGCUUCGCAAUGAGGUUGCAAUUUUACAGAACCUUCAUCACCCUGGUGUUGUAAAUUUGGAGUGUAUGUUUGAGACGCCUGAAAGAGUGUUUGUUGUUAUGGAAAAACUCCAUGGAGACAUGCUGGAGAUGAUCUUGUCAAGUGAAAAGGGCAGGUUGCCAGAACACAUAACGAAGUUUUUAAUUACUCAGAUACUAGUGGCUUUGCGGCAUCUUCAUUUUAAAAACAUCGUUCACUGUGACCUCAAGCCAGAGAAUGUGUUGCUGGCAUCGGCUGAUCCAUUCCCUCAGGUGAAACUUUGUGACUUUGGUUUUGCCCGGAUCAUUGGAGAGAAGUCUUUCCGGAGGUCAGUGGUGGGUACCCCAGCCUACCUGGCCCCCGAGGUCCUGAGGAACAAGGGCUAUAAUCGCUCUCUAGACAUGUGGUCUGUUGGAGUCAUCAUCUAUGUGAGCCUCAGUGGCACCUUCCCUUUUAAUGAAGACGAAGACAUCCACGACCAGAUCCAGAAUGCGGCCUUCAUGUACCCGCCCAACCCCUGGAAGGAGAUUUCUCCUGAAGCCAUUGAUCUUAUCAAUAAUUUGCUGCAAGUGAAAAUGAGAAAGCGCUACAGCGUGGAUAAAACCUUGAGUCACCCUUGGCUGCAGGACUAUCAGACCUGGUUAGAUUUACGGGAGCUGGAAUGCAAGAUUGGAGAACGCUAUAUUACCCACGAAAGCGACGACUCGAGGUGGGAGCAGUACGCCGGCGAGCAGGGGCGGCAAUACCCUGCACACCUGAUCGAUCUGAGCACUCGCCCCAGCGAUAGUCCUGAGGCUGAGGAGAGAGAGAUGAAAGCCCUCAGUGAGCGUGUCAGCAUCCUCUGAUUGCAUCCCCUCUCAUCUGUCAAAACACUGUGGAAUUAAUAAAUACAUACGGUCAGGUUUAACAUUUGCCUUGCAGAACUGCCAUUAUUUUCUGUCAGACGAGAACAAAGCUGUUAAGCCGUUAGCACUGUUGAUGUAUCUGAGUUGCCAAGACAAAUCAACAGAAGCAUUUGUAUUUUGUGUGACCAACUGUGUUGUAUUAACAAAAGUUCCCAGAAACACUAAACUUGUUAUUGUGGAUGAUUUAUGUUAUAUUUAAUGCAUUAAACCUGUCUCCUCUGUGCCUUUGCAAAUCAGUGUUUUUCCUACCAGAGCCUCAUUUUGGUAAGAGGCAGCAUCUAUCCAUGACAUCAUUGUGUUGGUGUGCCCCAUUGAUGGGCGUGUUAUAAGCAAACUCUUGAGGAGUAGAUAAUUUGCUGGUGUUCUGUGAACAACUCAAAAUGCAUGGGUGGGGGGUGAUGAAAGAUGGGGGUAUGGCAUAUAAAGUCCUAAAAUCGAGUUACAUGAAAACAGUUCUACUGUGUGGUUUCAAAUCCUCUGCCGGUCUGGUGUGCCUCGGUGUAUUUAAAUUCCAGUUAGUGCACCUCAAUAAGUGGAGCUAUUGCUCCAAGCCUAAAUGCCUUAGAAUGUAAACUGCUACACAAACCAGAUGCAUUUCUUCCUUUCUUACCAUACCAGCUGUAUUAUGGAAAACCAGCAACUCAGCA